CUACAGAUAGACUGGGCCAGGGUCGCGCAUUGCGCGACCAGACAUCACUAGUACUAUCUAGACAACAUUUUCAUUUCUCAUUUAGUUUUCAACUUGAAACACUUUCUACUUUUAAAUGGUAAAAUGAAAUGUAAAAUAACGUCCAAACAAGCACUUUUUUAUUUGUUAAAUUUUUAGAGAGAGAGAGAGAGAGAGAGAGCGGACAGGGUUAAUUCCAAGCGGCCCGACCCAUAAAAAGCAGGUCAAAAUGACGUAAAGGAUGGGACCCGGUCCACUUAAUUUACCCGUCGGCACAAGUCAAAGCUCAAGGCCUCUCAGUCUCUCACUCACCCACUGGCUAUCAAUCUGUUCCAAUAUUUUUUUGCUGGGUUUUCAGAUUAUAAUCAGCCAUGGAAGCAGCAAUUCGUUCUCCAGCCAUGAUUAACGUCGUCGCUGUCUGUGGUUCCCUCCGGAAAGGAUCUUACCAUCGCGGCCUGAUUCGAGCCGCUAUGGAGUUAUCGAAGGAGUCUGUCAACGGUUUGAACAUAGAAUAUGUGGAUAUAUCACCAUUGCCAUUCCUAAAUACGGAUCUCGAAGUAGGUGGAACGUAUCCGCCUGCGGUUGAGGCAUUCAGGGAGAAGAUUCAGCAAGCUGAUUGCUACCUCUUUGCUUCUCCAGAGUAUAACUACUCUGUCACUGGGCCUCUAAAGAAUGCAAUUGAUUGGGCAUCGAGACCUCCAAACGUUUGGGCUGACAAGGCUGCUGCCAUUGUAAGCGCAGGAGGAGGUUUUGGAGGGGGGAGAUCCCAGUAUCACCUUCGACAAAUUGGAGUUUAUCUUGACCUUCAUUUCAUCAACAAACCUGAGCUUUUUGUUAAGGCAUUCGAAAAGCCUGUAAAGUUUGACAGUGAUGGCAAUUUAGUAGAUACCGCUACAAAAGAGCACUUAAAGGAGGUUCUUAUAUCCUUGAAAAGAUUUACUCUACGACUUCAGGGAAAGUGUGAAUGAUCUUGAGCUGACAUAGAGUGUCUGUGAUCACAGCUGGGGCAAGUUGUGUUUGCCAUUCCAACUUCCACCAUUAUUCAUUUGAUUUGUAAACGUUAUAUUGGGAUUUACUACGUUUAAUCUACUAUUAAGUGUAGUUUAUGAGAAUCCUCUGGGCUUCCAGUUAGCCGAUGAGCAUCUUAAAGCUGCGAUCCAAGCUCGUCGACUUCCUGAAUAUUGUAGCAGACGAUUUGUUGUGAUUACAAAUGCUGGUAACUCAUCUCUAUAAAGCUAUUGAAAAUAAUGUUGUGGCAUUAUUAAUAAGCAUUAUAUACUAUGCUGAAUUCCUUCUUGAAGUCUGAAAGUUUCAGUCUUUCUUUUAAAAAGAAGAAACUUCAAACGGUUUGAGCUCAGAUGGCCUUCAGUUGCAUUCAGCC